GCAGGGCAAAAGUUGCAGUCUGCCCUGGUGGUUCGUGUUUAUUGGGUGGUUCAUGCUGGUGUCCAUUAGUGUCAUCUCCACCUUCUUCACCAUGCUAUACGGCUUGAAAUAUGGGAAAGAGUCCUCCAUCAAAUGGGUGCUCUCCAUGGCGCUCUCGCUGUUUCAAAGCAUCUUCAUUCUGCAGCCGCUGAAGGUUCUGGGCCUUGCGAUUUUCUUUGCUCUGAUCCUGAAAAGAAUGGACGACGAGGAAAGUGAAGAGGUGGAGAAAAUUCUCUUAGAUCAAAACUGUUCCUGGGAGCAAGUGAAAAGAGGAGUGUAUUCUGGGGACAAGGGACAAUAGGAAGACGUCAGCGUCUUGCUUUGCAGAUCUCAAUAUAACUAGCAGUCUUUUUCAUAAAGUCUACUGGUGAACUUUGUUGCCAUUUUCCACAUAUUUACGGUGUCUCCUGCAAAACCUUGAGUUUUUAAAAACUGAAAUGUUAUACAAUAUCCACCAAACACAAACCAGUAGCAGUCCACGGGUUAAGGAAAAUAAAUAAAACGGCUAAUGAAUAUGACUCUUACUAUUUUUUGCAUUUUUAA